AUGGCUACGAUACAUAAAAGAAACUGGAUGGAGGAAGGGGAAAACAAGGUAUAUAUGGAGCAAAGCAAAAACGGCGAGUGGAAAUAAUAAUUUAUAAACAAAACUCUUCGCUCAAUUUUCUCCCGUAGUAGGAUCAAUAAAAAGAAUUAUGAUCUUUUCAAUGUAAUAGGUUUACUUCGUGGUUCCAAAAGCUUGUUUGGCUUAAUCAUGCUGUACAAUUAAAUUCUGAGACGGCUGAUCUCCACAAGGAACACGAUAAAUCAAUCUUUCUGGUCACGUCACCCCCAUUUGAGGCGUUGCUAGCUCAGUUUUGUUAAACACGUGUUCGAAAGAUAGCCCCUGAGUGGAGAGGCAAUGCAACUUGCACCCAAGAAGCCGUCAGCGAACUUCAUAGACGUUCCUAAAAUGAGCGUGGCAGAGGAUGGAUCUGAUUAUUGACUUCCCGUCAAGUAAAAAAAAAUCUACAACUACUCAGUUUUACGAUCUCUCUAACAUGGUCAUUGUUGCACCCUUUUGGCUAUUAAGUAUGUUAUGAGCAUGGUAACUUAACACUUUUCACAAUAGAAUGAGAAUUUACAGUAUUCAAUCGGGACGGGCAUCUAUUUCUUAAUCGUACCACCUUUAGAGCCGGUUUCUAUGGUGAAGAAAAACCUCUUUGUUUUCAACAGCUGGGUAAGGCUAUUGAAGCGUUUUAACUUUUAAUAAAAUAACAAUUUCCAAUCCUAACAACUCUAUGGAGACGGUCGUUUUUUGUCUGAAAUCAUCACCGUACAUCUUAUUCAGUCGUUCAUGUACAUGAAGUUAGAGAAAUGAUUAUUUUACCGAUUAUUUGCAAGAACGAGUGAAUAAACCACCGGCACAACACCUGACGCUGCUGCCCGUCUAGACAGACCCGACGUAAAGCAAAGUAGCUUCAGCAUUAUUAACUUUUGAUUUUAGUGUGCAGCACCACAAACUAUUUCCUUCACCAUUUUUCAAAUUUCCUACAAUAAAAAUCAUGGCCAAGGACUGUUCCGUUGUUAUGUUUUCAAGGAGCACAAUAAAUUCGGACGUCAUAAUGAUUUAUAAUAACCUGCCAGACAUUUAGCAAACAAGCGAAAUAUAGAAACAAAUUUUACAACAUAAUGAACACUCAGCCGGUGGUAUAUUGAAACAACUUCAAUCAGUGAUGACCUUUUUGGGGAGAUGCCGUAUAGAGACAAGACUUUCGUCGGACGAGAGGCUUCCACUGAAUAGUUUUUAACUUGUUCUAUAACUUGUUGACUAAGCUAGUCUAUUACUUAAGGUAGCGUAAUUCCGUAACAAUAAUUGAAAAGGAAGUAGUUUAAAUUAUAAUUUAAUUACCAGUACAUCUUAGCCGAUCACAACAAAGGGUAGUGAUUAUUCUUUGAUGCCUCAAAUAAACUAUAAACUAUAAACUCAAAUAAAUUGUAGUGAACACUUUAUUCUUCCUGAGUGCAAUUUGUAAGUGCUUAAAUAUGCCCAAGUUCAACCCCCCUGAGGAAAAGGUCCGCUUUGAUAACUCACUCAGUAUCUUCUUUUUCAUCGUGGGUUAAAUCGAGAAUGAUAUUAAUUCGGCAGACUAUUAUAAUUUAUUUUAUUAUUAUUUUUUUAAUUUGUAAAAAUGCGUUAUUUUAGAAGGUAAGAUCUGCUUGGCGGGUGGUUUGACUCUAUGUACAAAUCCCACGUUUCCCCUUUUAACCCUUUUCGAAAAACAAAAACAAAAAAAACGAGUGUAUGUAAAAUGGUUACUUUAUCUUUGUAUUUUGUGAGUGUGAUUUUCGUAGGUCAGUACAGCACCAUGCUUUCAGCCUAUCAGCUAAUUUUUUUGUAUAACUUUUGCAAGGGGGCUUAAACAAAACAUUAACUUUUUAAUUAGUCCAGCCAGCUGCUGUGCUUUCACAUAAUUCCUAUGCCAUCAUGAUUGAGAGGAAACUAAUCUGAGCGGAAGGUCAAAGUCGUUUGGCAGGCAGAGUUAACAAAAAACUCGAGAGCGUCUUGAAACUUUGUCACGCCCAGCCCUUUCAGAAGCUUUCUGACUGGCUAGAAAAUAGUUCCGGACCUAUCAGAAUCGGCGCGAAACUCAGGUCCGCCGGCUCGGAUAAAAAAAAAAAAAGUAGUCAGGGGCUUUCGUGUUCGUAAACUUUGAGUGUAGCGAAACUGCCCAUGAAUCGAUCCGUGGAUGAUAAAUCAUUGACAAUUUAUCAGUUAGAAAAAAAUCCUUUUUUUCAGUUUACAUUGCUCCAAGUUAUGUAUAUACUCACCAUUCUGCUAAACGUGACGUUAUUUAAGUACUGUUUUGCCUGUGUUUUACACUUUUUUGACAGAAAAGAAUGAUAUUUAUGAAAAAUGCUAACUGCAUUCAACAUUUUUUGUUUGAUCGGGUCGCUCUUUUGAAAAGAAAAGAACUUCUUUUCAGUCUUUCGGUUUACAGGCCCCUCAAGGUUUAUUUAACUCUUGGCUCUUUCACUAGAAGUAACAAAGAUCAUUCUUCUUUGCCUUGAAACCGUGCUUCGUUCACUUUUCUCGUUGGGCGAAACCUGAUAUUGAUAUGCAAACUGCCUGUCACACAAACACAGCAAAUGUAUGGACUAACAUAGCACGUGCAGCGGACAAAGCUUUGUGCAAAAACUGCAGGGUUAGAAGAAUGGCUUGGCUAUUCAGCCGUGAAUAGGUAACUUUGUUAGAACUAUAAAUACGGGAUUAAGGUUUUCAAUAGUCACCAUACGUUAAUGAGGCUGUGAAGUGCUGUUGUAGUCGUUUAAGUUUCAGUAACUACGGUUUCAACUUGAUAAUCUGAUAUCGAAAAUAAAAUGCCAUACAUUGGACUUCAUCAUUUAAAGGGCUAGAUCUCCUUUAGAAAUUUUUUUUUGUUUGUUUACUUGUUAAACCCAGAGAACAAUGAAGACCCUAUCACACUUGACAACUGGAAGUUGUAAGCGCAAACUACCAAAUUUCCAUUUUAACUACCGGCAUUUGUCCUACUUUAACUGAACUGAAAAAUAAAUAAACGCGGCACCAGAGAAAAUAGAGUCGUGUAAAAAAGCGACACUCGUUUAGUCAAGCGCCGGAUAAAAUGAUCGCUGCGGCAAGAAGAUAGCAAAAGGCCUAGAGGGCAUGUUAUUAGUAUAUAAUUAAGACUUAAAGAUCAGUAGGGCAGAGAAAAGGAUUAAUUGCCAUGUUUAGAUUUUUCUUUGGGAACACUGCUUUGGAGAACUUUUUUUGGUUACUGAAAUGGUUUAUUGUGUAAUUAAAAAAUGGAAGAUUCACUCGGUUUGGUUCACUGCCAGAUCACAAAACUGUUAACUUGCUUCAUAGGGCAAGAGAAAAUUUGAAUAACACCCUCUUAUAAUUCCUAUAAUUAUGCAAGCAUAUUAACUUUCAUAACUACGGAAGAAGAUCAUUGACUUUCUCGCCGUGAUAGAGUUCAGGGACAUGCAGGUGAACGAACAAAGAAAUCGAGAAGUGUUUGGAUCACUGUCUCAUUAUACACUAUCGCAAUUCCUCCCCUGUUCUAUUGUCUAACUGAGAAGACAAAGAAAAACGCCCUACCACUUCGCUAAAAUGAUGGGUGCUAAUCAGAUUAUGAUGAGAUCUCCUUAAUGUUAUUCGUAUUAUGUGGGUGUUCGUUCUAGUUAAGACUGUGUUCCAACGGCCAUUGGGGCGAAAAGACCUAUAAACAAAUUUGUGAAUCUACAGCUAAACAUAGACUGGACACAUUUGUUGAACGGAUUUUCAAGAGGGCCUUUAUUACUACGAAGUGACACAUUGUAAACAAACUGGAUGGUUCAAACAGACUGAGCGGUAAACCACGUUUGAAUUACAAAGCGUCAUUUUCCCGUACUACCAAAUGUCCAGUACCAGCUCUAAUGCAAGGACGAGGUGCAAGGAAUAAUAUAUCAUCUUCGAUAGAAGUAACCAAGGAAUAAAAUGGCCAUGUUUAAGCCAAAAGAAUGCGGUCUCUAGGAUAUUUUUUAACAACAUCAAUUGAAUAUCAUUGAAAAGGGUUCCAUUAGCAUGCAACAAAAUGGAAAGAACAGUUGGGCGGAGAGAAUUGUGUUUGAGAUUAAUUGAUAUAAUUUUCUGUGAUUUUCGGAGUAAGUAAAAAUUAAAAAAAGAUCAGAAAGUUUUUUUGCUUUUUUAAAGGCUAAAUCCUCUUGUAAUAACUCACCAUAAAAAACCAGCCACCUGCGGACAACCAUAGAGCGCGCAUGCGUGUUUAAAGGAGACGUCAGGUCUAGAAACAUGUAUAGACCCUUCAUUGAAACAAAAAGCCGACGCAUCAUUUUUCAUCAAAUGGUGGAAAAAUUAGAACUUCGUGAAAGCUGUCAUCAAGGACCUUUUUUACAACUAUUAUAGUGAAAACUUUAUUCUAUAUUAAGACCCCCGACAAGUUGACGUUAUUUAGUUCUGAAUUAAACAGAAGAAAACGAAAAUCUCAGUCGACCAGUUCUGCUUUCUCACUUCGCCAUAAACCGACUGGUAAACAAAUAAAAGCAGGCUUACGAAAGUAACGAAACACAGUUAUGUUAAUCUUACUAGUCGAAGAAUUGAUCGCUUAAGGAAUCACGAUUAAAAAGAGUAAACUAAAAUUGUGUUUAAAUUGCUAUUGUUCAAAUCUCCAUCUGUUUACCAGUGGUUUGUUUUCAGAUAGUUAUGAUAAUGGAAGAGACAAAACAAAUGACCAAUUUGAAAAAUUUACAAUAAAAUACCAACUUGUAUGCCGAGCGACCAAGUCGUCGGAGUAGAUUUAAAUGUUGAAUCAUGUCUAAAUUUAUCGAAAAAAGUUUGCGGAUGGAAAUACGUUUCUAGCAAAAGAACAAGCAUAUUAUUACUGAAAGGACCAUGCCACAAUGUAAUAUUCACUUGUAAACCACAUGGAGCACUGCUCUAUGAAAAGGUAUCCAAAUGAAAGAAAACUAAUUAAACUCCAAUUUACAUAUUUGCAGUGGAUUUUAAAAGAGCAGCUCUUGUAAUUGUCUGUCAUUAUCAAGGCAGCGAUCGGAACCGAAAGACUACCUACAACAUGCCGCGUUCAUUUCUUGUAAGAGGAAGGCAAAGUAGCUCGGGUCCUACAGAAAAAUCUUCAAACACAAGUAAAGACAAAAUUUCAGGUGAGAGAAUUACCCGACAAAUUAUGUGCUUGGAAUAUAUAUAUGUAUUUUUUUUUUUUGGAAAAAAGAAGCACACACAAUCCUUUUUUUAGAAAAAAAUUGUGAAUAAUCAAGAAGAAGUGAGAAAUGAAUUGAACGUGAUUUGAUUGUCCCGAGUACGCUUUGGUGUUAAAAACUAAAGAGGGUCACAAUUCUGUGUGGUCAAAUGAAUUCUGACUGGAUUCGGGGAAACCGCCCCACACCGAGUGAAAUCACGCAGGAAGUCUCAAACACAAGGAUUACUCUUAGACGCGAGAGUAGCAACAUCGACCAAAACUGAGGUUUCAUUCCAAAAUCUACUGAUUUCUAACUGGGAGGAUCAUUCCUCUGGUCUAAAUAUUGUCUUUCCUGAAGUUACAGAAUAUAAGAAGGCCUUGGCCAUUCACUAUAGUUUGCAAGCCACGAACUGUUCGUUCUAAAUAAGCUAAGCUUUCUCGAUCAUCUUUAAAAACGCACUUUUAAGUACAAAUAGCGAAUAAACGAGUAAAGUAACUGUUUAUCUUUAACGAAGUAAAUGUGUAACAAAGGAAUAGACAAAAUUUACGAACUAAUUUGUGUUUGGCUGUUCACGAAAGAUGUCAAAAAUUCUGCUCUCUGCUAUAUACGUCCAUUAUCUCUACCGACUAUGAUAUUGAACAUUUAUUGAAAUAAGAUAAAUCGCUUUUAAAAAUCUUACGGUAGAAAAGAAAACCUGUUCAUUCGUAAUGCCCCAUUUAAUUAGUCAUAAGGAAUCUUUUUCGAAAUCGCUGUAAAUUGGUCGAUUUUAGAGAACCACGUUUGAAACAAUUUAUCUUAUCUCGUUGAAUGCUCUAUUUUGCAACCCCGCCGGCGAUAGUUAAUUGCUUAACUGAUAAAAAUGGCGUAUUACUCACAAGAAAAAAAUUUAGUUUUUAUUAACUUCAGUCUUGCAGUUAAAAAAGAGAACAAGUUAAGCAGGACAACGAGAUCUGCAGAGAGAUUUCGUAGCAGAGAGACAUGGUCAUUCUAAACAAUGACCACACAAGCAGAUAUUACUUCAAUGUGCGGGACGGUUCCCUUUUUACAUCUGCGUGCCCAUAAAUGGGUACCUGAAUCACGCAUGAAAUUGUCCUUUUAACAUCACCCUAAAAAUCCAUGGAUUUCCUCAACAAAUAUCAUGUCAAGGGUAAAAGUACGAAAAUAAUUCUAUUUUUCAAAAAGUCAGUACGCGCAAAUGAAGUUUGUCUGUUUCUGCUCUGUUUCGUUACUUGGUAGCACUUUGCGCACAAGUAGCAAUGUGUAGCGGCACUGUCCAAGCACCUUCGUUUUAUUACGAUAUCAGCCUUCAGUGUCAUCUCCGAUCGACUAAAAAUUCGUAUUUUUUUCAAAUAUUCCCUUUAGUCGUGAGUUCCAUGCUUAUGCUGUAUUGUUGUCUUCUUUCCCUCAGAAAAUAAAACGGAGAAUUCAUGUGCAGACAAAUCAGCGGCUUCUUCUACACCAGCCUACACUACAGAGCCUUCUCUUGUUCACGAUUCUAUAUUCACUCACACUCCGAACACAAAGGAAAGCCAACAUAUCCGACUUCCCACCCUUGUUCGACGUGCUGGCCCUGAAUUGUUUGACUCUAAGUUGCAGUUUGGCUUUCCUAAGAUUACGUUCCCCAUGACGCCACCGUCUCCGUUUGUGUUUAGGCCCGUUCCGAGGUAUGGGAGUAUUACAUACCCCUUCGGAUGCCCAAACUUUACUGGAAACCCAACCGGGAUGAACUUCAACCAUGUAGUUCAUCAGUCGUCUUUUAUUCCUAGACCGUACCCACCAGAAGCGUUCAUUCCCACUGGAGGCCCUCCGAGCUAUCGGGUACCCACGAGUUUCAACGACCUUGAGGGACGAGAGACUAAAAAUUGCGAUGAAACUGCACCUAACGACUCGAUCACCUUAAAAACAAAAGUCUACAAAUGCCUGGAAUGUGGCAAAGAAUUUAAGAGGCCUUCGAGUCUUUCAACACAUAAACUGAUUCACUCGGAUCAUAAGCCGUACUCGUGCAGCUACUGUGGAAAAAACUUCCUUCGCAAGUCUGACAUGAAGAAACAUACACUUAUGCACACAGGAGUGAAACCCUUUCAGUGUAAGCAGUGUGGAAAGGUAUUUAGCCAGUCCUCCAACAUGUUAACGCACAUGAGGAGACAUACAGGAAUUAAACCAUUCCCCUGCAAGAUUUGCGGAAGACGAUUCUACAGAAAAGUUGAUGUUCGCCGUCAUACCAUGCGACACGAGUACAGAACAAGCAUUGAUGAAGAAAACGCUUAG